AUGAGUUCUCUCUGUGAAAAUUCUAACUUUGAAAAAUCCAUUUCUGAGGAGUUGACUCCUAAGAAAGUUCGUUUCAGAGGCGGAGAUGUUGAUACAAAUAAUAUUAUGAUGAUCGACUCGUCCCCGGAAAAACCUAUCUCGUGGAAGGACAUGCUUGUUGGCCAAUCAUCAAAGGAGACUUUCAAUGAUUUAGAAGGAAAAGAUGAUCUAGAUAUUUUGGAAGGGGAUAUUCAAAAAUCCUUUGUGAAUGGCGUACCCUCUAUUUCCUUCUCGGAUAGGAUUCACAAAAUCCUUAUUCAAGGUAUGGAUAACACAGUGAUUUUAAAGCUUCUUGGUCGUAAUAUUGGUUUUUCGGUUUUGCAGAAUAAACUGUAUAAUCUGUGGAAACCUUCAACGGCGUUACAUAUGAUGGACAUAGAAAAUGGAUAUUUCUUGGUUAAAUUUCAGAAUAAGUUGGACUGUGAAAAGACGCUUUCUGAAGGUCCUUGGAUCAUCUUUGGCCAAUACUUGACAGUUCAACCUUGGUCAUUAGCCUUUGAUCCCACACAAGCUUACCCUAAUGUUGUGAUGGCAUGGAUUAGAUUCCCUGGUUUACCUGGGUAUUUAUACAAUCAUAAGAUCAUCACUGAGAUAGGGGAAAUGGUUGGAAAAGUGGUUAAAUUGGAUAUGAACACGGAUAAUAGGACUCGGGGACGAUUUGCUAGAUUGGCUGUUUAUGUUGACCUGGAAAAGCCAUUGAACACGAACAAGGUUGGUGCGGAGAAGGAAAACGGGAAUUUCGGUCCUUGGCUGAUUGUUGAAAAGAAAUCAAGGCGGAAAAUUAGAGAAAACGUGAAUAAUUCCUUCAAUAGCCUACAGAGUGGAAAAGAAGGAUCUCGUUUUAGAGUCCUUAAUGAUAAAGAUUCGCACAAAGAGGAUGAUGAGGGUUUUUUGCUGGAUCCCAGGCGUGACAAAGAGUGGAGAAAAAAUGGUAAAAAUAAUUCAAAGGAGGUGGAUUUGAAGGAGAUUGGUGGCCCCAACUCUAAAGUUAAUGAUAGGCCAAUUUUGGAGCCCAACAAGUCCAAUUCUAUUCUGAAGGAAAAUUCUCGCAAUAUAGAUAAGUCUGUUAGCAGUUUGGGCAAUGGGGACUUAACUGCGGGUCAGAUCCAAGGUGCUUUGGGCUCAUCUGCUCUGGAACUGGAAGCCCAGCAACUCUCUACUACUGAUGGAAGGGGCAGUCGGUCUUUUGCUGCAGCUGAAAUGCAAACAAUCCCAGGCGACGGUGUGGGGUUCAGGCCUGAAGGAGAAAGUUCUAAAAACCGGAUAGUUUUGAAGGAUUCAGCACGUGAUAGUAUUGUUGUUUCUCUGGAUGUUGGAAAUCUAGAUUCUGGUCGACACUCGGCGGUGGUAUUUCAUAAAAGCUUUCAAAGCAAGGAAAAUAACAAUGUCCAUUCCCCUAAAAAUUUUGAUUCUUCUCUGGUGCUAUCCUCCGGUUCGGGAUCCCAGCGAACAUCUUUGAAGGAGUCGAUGGAAUAUCUCACCGAAAGCAUCUCGACUUUUGCAUCUCCUAACCUUGGGUUUCCGGAUAAGUCUAAAAGAAAGCUUCUUUGGGAUGACUUAAAAUCAGCUAUUUCUAAUCUUUCUUCUCCUUGGCUAAUUAUGGGAGAUUUUAAUGCUAUAUUAUCUUCUUCUGAUAAAAAGAGUCCUGUCUCUAUUGGUAAGCGCUGUGAUUUAUUUGGUAAUUUUGUUGAAUCUUGUGAGUUGCAGGAUUUGGGGUUUAAUGGACCUACUUUGACUUGGCAAAGAGGUGGUACCUUUGUUAGACUUGAUCGGGCCUUAGCUAAUGAUGCUUGGGUGUCUGCUUUUCCUCAAUACUCUGUUCUUCAUCUUAUUCGUAUCAAGUCAGAUCAUAGGCCCCUCUUGUUAUCUACUGCGUCCGACCUUAACAUUUCUCAAAGCAGACCGUUCAGGUUCUUAGCGGGAAGGGCGAAGCAUAGUGAUUUCUCCAACCUUGUUAAAGAAAAGUGGAAUUUCGCAGGUAAUAUGUUUGAAUCUUUGAAUAAUUUCACUUUUUUUGCUAAAGAUUGGAACAGGAAUAUUUAUGGUUUUUUGGGUACUCGUACGAGAAAUCUUAUGCGAUCUCUUAACAAUAUCCAAAAAACCAUGAAGCAUCCUUCCUCUACGUAUUUAGCUGGAAAAGAAUUGGAAAUUCGGGAUGAGCUGGAAAAUGUGCUUGAUCAUGAAGAUUUACUUUGGAGACAAAAGGCUCGUUGUGAUUGGCUUCAAUUGGGGGACCGAAAUACAAAGUUUUUUCAUAGUCGUACGAUGAGAAGAAGGAAAUUCAAUCGUAUCACAACCUUACGCGUUGAUAAUGGGGAUUGGUGUACUGAUCAAUACAUCCUGCAGGCUAAGGCGGUGGAAUUCUUUGAAGGACUUUUUAGAGAGGAUUCUUCUACAUUGAGGGAUAUUCCAAAUGUUGGUUUUCCUCGCUUUAACUCUUCUGAGAUUACUUUCCUGGAGGCUCAUAUUUCUAAUGAGGAGAUUAAAAGGGCUUUGUUUGACAUGGCUCCUUUGAAAGCUCCUGGAAGUGAUGGUUUCCAUGCUCACUUUUUCCAAAGCCAAUGGGAUGUUCUUGGGAAUGAUGUUUGUCAGUAG